AUGCAGAUCAACGUUGUCAAGACCUUCCUUUUCGCCCUGGCGGCUUCGUCCGUCAGCGCCCUCGCUGUCGACACCGAGUUCCGCUGUGGCGCUCCCGAGCCCAGCGAGGAGUUGAUUGAGGCCUCCGCCAUCAUGGCCGUCGCCGAGGCCGAGGCUGCCGCCAACGGCACCCUUGCUGCCCGCCAGAGCGCCCUCACCAUCGACACCUACGUCCACGUCGUUGCCACCUCCACCUCUGCUUCUGCCGGCUACCUUUCUGAUGCCACCAUCCAGCAGCAGCUCCGUGUGAUGAACGAGGACUACGCCCCCUCGGGCAUCCAGUUCGUCCUCAAGGGCACCGACCGCACCGUCAACGCCAACUGGGCCAGGGACAGCGGCGAGACUGCCAUGAAGACCGCUCUCCGCAAGGGAACCUACAAGGACCUGAACCUGUACUUCCUGUCCAGCAUCCCCGGCGGCAUCCUCGGCUACUGCUACUUCCCCGCCUCGGCCACCACCUCCACCGUCCGCCUCGACGGCUGCACCAUCGCCUCUGGUACCGUCCCCGGUGGCAGCAUCAGCAGGUUCAACCUGGGCAAGACCGCCGUGCACGAGGUCGGCCACUGGUUCGGUCUGUACCACACCUUCCAGGGUGGCUGCAACGGCCAGGGCGACCUGGUUGAUGACACUCCCGCCCAGGCCAGCGCCAGCAGCGGCUGCCCCAUCGGCCGUGACAGCUGCCCCAACCAGCCCGGUCUUGACCCCAUCCACAACUACAUGGACUACUCGGACGACUCUUGCUACGAGGAGUUCACCCCUGGCCAGAACGCUAGGAUGUCGAGCAUGUUUGCUCAGUUCCGUGCUGGCAAAUAA